AUGGCUAAAUACGUAGGUUCAUGUUUGUUUUUGGGAUUGGCUGUGAUAUGCACGGUCAUUGCCAUAUCUUCGGCGCGAGAUGUCCGAAGUUUAAAAGAAGAUUUGGAGAUAGCUGGUACUCAUCACCAUGGCCAUCACCAUGGUGGCCAUCACCAUGGUGGCCAUCAUCACGAACAUGGUGGAGGUCAUGAGCAUCAUUCUCAUCACCAUGGAGAACACGGUGAAGAGGGUCAUAAAGGUCAUAAGGGACAUCAUCAUCACGAAGAAGGAGAACAUGGAGACCAUGGUAAGGAACAUCAUGAGGGUCAUCAUCACGAGCAUGGCGGUCAUAAGAAAGGUCAUCACGACGAACACGACGAGCACGGUCAUCAUCACGAGCAUGAACACGGCCAUAAAGAGUCGAAGUUUGGUCAUGGAAAGGGUCAUAAAAAGGGCGAAAAGACUCAUGGCUAUCAUCACAAAUCCCAUAAAGAUGAAUUCCACAAGGAACAUAAAUUCUACGAUGAUUAUCAUAAGGGUGGCCAUCAUGAGAAACAUGGCGAUCAUCAUGAACAUCACCAUGGCAAGGAAGGUCACCAUAAGAAAGGCGGACAUCAUCAUUCUGGUCAUCAUGAAGAUCACCACGGUAAGAAGGGUCACCAUGAUAAAGGGCAUUAUGAUGAAGAUCAUCAUGGUCAUCAUGGUAAACAUGGUCACGAAGAACAUCAUCAUCACCACGAAGAUCACGGAAAGAAGCAUGAACAUCAUGGCGGCAAAAAGCAUGGUUAUUCGAGCGGCCAUGGCGACCAUCACGGCCAUCACGGCCAUCACGGCCAUCACGGCCAUCAUGGUCAUCACGGUCAUCACGGCCAUCACGGUCAUCACGGCCAUCACGGUCACCACGGUCACCAUCAUCAUCAUUAACGAUAUAAAACUUGUCAAUUUAGUGCGACACAAACAGAAUAAAUUGUUGUACCAUUUGUUUAU